CUCAAAGAAAACAAAUGGGCGCAACUGCGCAUGCGUCGAAUUUUCUAUUCCAUUGACAAGAUUGACUUGAGUUCCAUUUUUGAAUGGAUGUUGUUUCUAUUUUGAUUCCUGCCAUUUAACUCAGUGUUUAAAUUGUUCUAAUGUCCAAACACUCAAGUUCAGCCAUCCAUCUUACAAGUGACAAGAAACCCAAAAAAUAUUUUCUCAAUUUGAAAGAUGACAAACGUUUACCUUAUCCGAUUCCAUUGAAAAACUGUUGUAAUCAAAUCCAAUAUCCUUUGGAUGCUAAGAGUGAUUCGGUUGUUUAUUUUAAUUGUUACAUUAAUUACGAGGAGAAAUGCUGUGAAAUUCGUGACGAGUGUUCAAUCCAAGCUCUAUACUACCAUGGCUCUUUCGGUAAAGGUUCACUUUCAAGUAAUGCUCCAAUUUACGAGGUUGUUGAUGAGAUUAAAAAUCGCCAACGAUCAAGCAACAAGUUUAUUUGCGAACAGCAACAAUCCCUGAACAGAGCUUUUCCUAAACGACCGGACAUUGGAUCAAUUAUCGACGAUUUAUAUCGGAAGACACCGUCACCUUCACCUUCGCGUUCAUCUUCACCCGUAGCAUCAUCGUCAUCAUCAAAUUAUAUCAGACAAAUUCCAAUACAAAGAGUUGAUUUGGAGAAAUCAAGAGAGACUCGAGAAACUCUGAGACUCUCAUUGGAGGAAACAUUUUUUCUCGCUUAUUGUUUGGGCUGUUUAACUGUUACCGAUCCAAGAACGAAAAGUAAAUUAAAUUUAACUCAAAUUUGGAAAACAUUCUCAUCGAUCCAUAGUAAUAACGGUGAUAUGGUUGAAUUUGCCGGCUACUAUGCGGCCUAUCAUUACUUUCGGAGUAAAGGUUGGGUCGUUAAGAGUGGAACCAAAUUCGGUUGUGAUUUUAAUCUGUACAAAGAUGGACCCGCUUAUUAUCACGCUCUAUUUUCCGUUAUUGUGUUUACCCUGAGAACAGAUCAAUCGAUUGGUGACAAAUAUCCUUCCCGUGAUUGGCAAUUCCAUGUUGGCCUCAAUCGUCUAAGUGAAGCUGUUCGUAAACAGGUUGUCCAGUGUUUCGUUAUUGUACCUCAACAAUUGACCGAUGUCCAACUCUCCGAUCCAAGGGUAAUAACAACAUUUGAAAUUCGAACAACCUUGUUGAGGAGAUUUAAAGCAUCACAGGAAAUAACCAUCUCUCAAGAUUGUGAUAUUUGAUGGUCAGUUUGAGUCUUUUUCUUUGUUGUAUAAGCAUUUUCACCAAAAGGAUCAACUCUUUGUUUUGUCGAGUGUCUUGUUGUAUUUAAAUAAAAAUAAUUUAUACCAGGGUAA